AGUCCGUGGAAAUCACAGAGAAGUCAUUCAGCAUCGGCAAGAAGUUUGUAUCGCUGAACGCUCCAUUAGCGCGCGGUGAACGAUGAACGCGGUAUAAUUUAAUCGGGCGCGUCCUAUUUUACAUGUCCCAUACGAUCUGACAGCGGGCCACGAGUUAUCGCCGUCUGUUCUCUCCGUACGUCACUGCGUGCGUAGUCACGUGACGGCGGCCAGUCGAGUCACUCUCUUUGGCCCUCAAGAAUCGUGAAACGAUUCAGUCGAUCGUGACCCGCGCGAUGUGCUCGGUAACGCGUGUUCUGACACAGUAUGGGCCAACAGCAGCAGCAGCAGCAGCAGCACUGGCGAGCCAGAAUUGCACCUUUCACCGAUAAUCCAAAGAUAUUCCGACCUUGAUACGAGACGGCACAGUCCGAUCCACCGUUGAAUGUUUUAUCGCGGAUCGGCUAUCGGUGACUUAUUAAGCGAGCCGUGUGCUCUCGAAGUGUGCCGUUUUAACGAGGACAGUGGUAUCUCCGCCGCGUGUCUUACUCCUGACACGUUUCUUACUUCCACUCGGCUCGUACGACCUACCAGCGUGACAUAUAAAUUAUAUUCCUUUCUAUUUAUUUCGAAGAACGAUCGAUCGCGCGCGAUUCUUUUUCUUUUUUUUUUUUUUCUUUUUUUCUCAGUCGUGGAAACGGGGAUAAAUUAGUGAAAGCACGUGAAAGCACGUACAAUCGAGUACGUACGUACGGUACGAUUGAUAGUUCCAUAGUUGAAUUGUGUAUUACAGGUUUUAAACACUAUUUUCUCUCUCUCUCUCUCUCUCUCUGUGAGUGAGUGUGUGUGUGUGUCGCCGGGUAAUUGAAAAGUGAAAGGGGGCGAUCGGUGAAGUGAUUCCGGUCUUUGGCGAUUUUAUUCGUAGCGCCAAGUUUUACAGUGUGUUAGAAGUGCGACAUACUUCCGUUGGAUUCGUUGUGCGUACGCAUUCGUGUUCGAAGAUCGGAGAUGUUGAAAGAUGUGCGGCUCAAUAUGGGUGCGUUGAACGAAAGGAAGACAAAGGACGAAGGUGUGUGCUUUCGAAGGUGUGGACUCGAUUGAAAUGGAAACUGAAGACAGCGGGUGAAAUAUUGUAAUUGACGCGAGCGUGAAGUUGAUCCGAUCCGACGAAAAUGUUGAAGCACAUGAACCGAACUGGACGGCCUCGGGUCGUCACGAGGAAGAGGAAAGGUCGUUCGUUGUCCAGAAGCUGGCCUGGCACACCGAGGCCCUUAUCGAUUGUCUCGAACGAGAUCGACUAUCCGGAAGUGCAUGGAGGAAGGAUGCAUCGACCACCGCACCCUCAUCCCAUAACCGACCAUCGACAGGUCAACUUGGUCUUCGAUGACACGUUUUCCCAGGGCCUGACAGGCAGGCCAGAGCUGUACCAAAAAUCCAACAGAAGCAGCCAUUCGAGUGACACAAGUUCAGCAUACAGUGGUUCAGACACCAUGACAUCCGUACAAGGUUCGUUAGAUGCAGACGCGGACGACGUUGAUCUCUCUGGUCUUGUUGAAUCUAUAGUGGAUAGCGAUGAAGAGGAAGAUCUUGCAGAGAGCAUGGACAGCUUGACUGUCCGUGAUCCAGUCAGAGAAUGUUUGGAGAAAGAUCCUCUGGAAAGAACAGAAGAAGAUAUAGAAACGCUCUUAGAAUUCACUCAACAGUUAAAGGCCUUCACAAACAUGACCUUGGCAGUAAGAAGAGCGCUGUGCGCUGUAAUGGUGUUCGCUGUGGUUGAACGUGCUGGUAUGAUAGUCUUAAAUGAUGGAGAAGAGCUAGACAGUUGGAGUGUGCUUAUAAACGGUGCUGUGGAAAUUGAGCAUAGCAAUGGAGAAAUUGAACAGCUGCACCUUGGUGACAGUUUUGGAAUCUUGCCCACUAUGGAAAGACUUUUGCAUAGAGGUGUCAUGAGGACAAAAUGUGAUGACUGCCAAUUUGUAUGUGUUACUCAGGCAGAUUAUUUUAGAAUUCAACAUCAAGGAGAAGAAAAUACAAGGCGGCACGAAGAAAACGGGAGAGUGAUUUUAGUAACUGAAUUAAGAGGUUCUUCAGAUGGAGGAACACGGAGGGGUCAUGUAGUUAUUCGUGGGACUCCUGAACGUUUAAUGUUACAACUUAUUGAAGAAAACACUUUUACCGAUCCCACUUAUAUAGAAGAUUUCUUAUUAACGCAUCGAACAUUUAUCGACAGUCCUUUAUUAGUUGCGACUCAAUUGUUGGAAUGGUUUGAUCAAUCACAAGUCAGGGAUAGAGUUGCCCGUGUAGUACUUCUUUGGGUAAAUAAUCAUUUUACCGAUUUUGAAACUGAUCCUGCUAUGAUGGAAUUUUUGGAAGCAUUUGAAGCUGGUUUAGAAAGAGAGAAAAUGCAAGGACAACAAAGAUUAUUAAACAUUGCGUGUGCAGCGAAAGCGAGAACGCGGAAUGUAACGUUAGCAAGGCCAACAAGAGACGAGGUCUUGCAUUUUAGUAUUUUAGGAGGAUAUGAAAGAGGUUUCGGCAUUUUUAUUUCUAAAGUGGAUAAAAAGUCAAAGGCUGAAGAUGUCGGUUUGAAACGUGGUGAUCAGAUUUUAGAAGUAAAUGGACAGAGUUUCGAGCAUGUGAGUCACGCCAGGGCUCUCGAAAUUUUAAGGGGAUCUACUCAUCUUAGUAUAACUGUUAGAUCAAACUUACUUGCGUUUAAAGAAAUGCUUCAGAUACCAGAUGACUCGCCGAGGCCGCGGGGAAGGGCAAACAAACCCGAGAUUUCAAGAAUACAAACAGAUCCACGGGCAAGAUUGUCCACGCACGUGGACCCGAUAACAACUCCAGGAAAUCCAUUGAAUCCUUUAGUGGGCGGUGUUCCGCUAUUAAUACCCGAUUCAAAUGUUUCUCCUUGUAAAGAUGCUAAAAAAGAGCAUAAAGGAUUCAUGACGCUUGGACCUAAAAAGAGAUUGCAAAAAGCUCUCAUGAAAAUGAAUAUACUGCCAAAGAAUACUAUUAAUGAUGGUGUACACGUAGACGAUCCUCUUGCACCUCCGCAUACACCACCUGGAACAGGAGGACUUUCACAGACUACCAAUCUUUAUCACUCAAAAAGUAAUCCCGACCUUACGUCGUUAUAUUGUUAUGACGACUUGAGGGCGCCUGACUAUCCGGAACAUGUUUUGAAAGUUUAUAAAGCCGAUCAAACUUGUAAAUAUCUUCUUAUUCAUAAGGAAACAACGGCGCAUGAGGUGGUAAUGCUCGCCCUUCAAGAAUUUGGUAUAACCGCUGCCGAAGGCAGUUCGAAUUUUUCUUUAGCUGAAGUCAGCGUUGGAGAAGGGGGAAUGAUCAAACAACGCAGGUUACCUGAUCAAUUGCAAAACCUUGCAGAACGAAUUGGCUUAAGUUCUCGGUAUUAUUUAAAAACUAAUGGUAUCUCGGAGACAUUCGUAGCAGAUGAACAAGCGCCAGAACUUAUACGUGAAUCUCAGGUUCAUUUCUUACAAUUAAAUGCCGUUGAAGUCGCGAUUCAACUGACCCUACAAGAUUUUAGUAUAUUCAGGCAAAUUGAAUCUACGGAGUACGUGGAUGAUUUAUUUGAAUUAAACGGUAGAUACGGAGUGCCUAUGCUCAGGCAGUUUGCAGAACUAGUCAACAGAGAAAUGUUUUGGGUUGUGACAGAAGUUUGUUCUGAACAUAAUCUUGUUCGACGUAGUAAAAUAAUAAAACAAUUUAUAAAAAUAGCCCGACAAUGUAAAGAAUGUAGAAAUUUCAAUUCCAUGUUUGCGAUUGUGUCCGGCUUGGGACAUGGAGCUGUUUCGAGAUUAAGAGCUUCCUGGGAAAAACUACCGAGUAAAUAUCAAAGGCUCUUCAGCGAUCUACAAGAAUUAAUGGAUCCUAGCCGUAACAUGAGCAAAUAUCGACAAUUGGUAGCGGCUGAACAAACGCAACCUCCCAUAAUUCCGUUUUAUCCAGUAGUAAAAAAGGAUUUGACGUUCAUACACCUUGGCAACGAUUCCAGAGUGGAAGGUUUGGUGAACUUCGAAAAGCUGAGAAUGAUUGCGAAAGAAGUGAGAACGUUGACGAAUAUGUGUUCUUCGCCCUACGAUUUGUCGAUAAUGUUAGAGAAAGGUGGCCAACCACCUAGUUCUGCCAUGGUUGCGUUAAAUCAAAUGACUACUGGAAAUCAAGUGUUGCAAUGUCCAGGAGGACAAACGGCAACAGUAAAGAGACGGAAAAAAUCUACGGCUGCGCCAAAUCCGAAAAAGAUGUUCGAAGAGGCUCAGAUGGUUCGAAGAGUGAAAGCGUACCUUGCUAAUAUGAAAGUAAUAACUGACGAGGAACGAUUACACGCUCUGUCUGUGGAAUGUGAACCUCAUGCAGGAACUGCUGCGGUAGCCGCAGCAGUACCUCUUAGCGGGAGCAGAGGAAGAAGGCAUCCUUCGCCAACUUUGUCGACUACAAGCAGUGCCAGCAGCACCAGUGAAGGUAGAAAGAGUAUACAAGGUACAAAGUUCGGAGCCGCGUCACCGCAAGCAGUAAGGAAAAUGUUAGCGCUUUCCGACCCUCACAAAACUCGUCCGUAUCAACCAAAACAUUGUCCACCAGCGCUUCCAGUGCCUGGAUUGGCGUUGCAUUCCAGUGGACUGGAGCCUAGCCCCGGUGCACCUAGGAGAGUAGGAUCUGGUAGCAGAGUUCCUAUGCAUGAGAGAUCCCAUAGCGAUACUCCUUCCAGUUUACCACCACCUGUCGAUCUCAGCGCUGAAAGUAGUAGCGUAACCAGCCUGAGCAAUCUUCAGCCGUUAAGAAAAACGUUGACCAGUGGUUCGGUGACGAGCAGUGACAGUGGUCACAGUACACAGCUGGACAGCCACAGUGGAAGCAGCGUAGAAGCUGGUGGUAGUCCACCGCCACCUCAAAGACGGCACUCCGCCAUGCAAGGGUCUGUUUUGAGAGGUGGUGCACCUCCGUUCCCUCACGCGGUAGCAGUGUUACCUCCGCUUCCUGCCAACCACAACCAGAAUCACAACCACAAUAAUUAUCAUCACCACCAUCACCACCACCACCAUCACCAUCACCACCAACAUUAUUACGAUCAUCACCAUCACCAACCCCAAAAUCCUCAAGGUACUACGGGAUUAGGAGUAGGCAUGGGUCUCGGAGUACCGGCGGCGCUUCCACCACCAGGGACUGGAACAACCAUUAUGACGACGAUCACGACCAUGACUACCAUGACGUCGAUGGCGACGAUGCGUCCAGGAAUCGGUAGUACACAGUGCCGUCAACCGCCUGCUUACAAAGUUGCGGCUCAGAUGGCACGGUUGCACAGGCUUGGCCGUGCUCACAGCCACGAGGGCGUUACCUACAGGAACGACCAUGAAGAUGACGACGAAGACGCUCAAGUGUCGGCGGUUUAAAGUGGUCCACGACGCGUGUAAGGAGUUCCUUGGAAGGAUCGUCACUCCCCGCGAGGAAGAGGUAACAACCAUAUGCCACGUGCUGAGAUGGUUCCCGAGGCCGAUUUCUCGAGCUUUGUAUCCGCUUUCGAAGACUCUCGGAAUAAUCGAGGCAGCAAAAAUUUCGAAAGAACUCGCUCGAGGAACAAAGGAGGGGACGCAUAGACAAAAAGUUGAAAUUAAUCGACGCACAUGCCCUUCACGGUGCUUUUGAAAGGUUCUCGAUCGUCGCAUUGGAACUCGAGGAACUCCUUCCUUCGGAGAAGAACGCGCUCUUGAAAUAUGUUGAGAAGAAGCGCUCGUCUUCCAGAACUGUUGAGAAAGGAAACGAAGAGGAAGAUAUAAUGAGAGAAGAACACAAAAGUUUAGAAUCUCACGUUCUCAGUUACGCCCCACGGGAUACUACGAGAGAACACACUGAUCGCGAGACAGGAAGAAAAGAAAUGAAACAGAGAGAGAGAGAGAGAGACGAGAAAAGACAAAACGAGAAACGACACUAGUAGAACAUAGACGUUUGUAUCAGACUGAUGUGAAGACGAAUUGUCGUCCGAUACAAAGGUGCCACGUCCAGUUUCACGUUAACGGCCACUCAGAAUGAAAGCGAGAGAGAAAGAAAGAGAGAGAGAGAGAAAGAGAGAGAGUGAGAGACUAGAGAGGCGCGAGAAAUUACGAGGUCAUAAGUAAUAAUUCUCUAUAAAUGUGUAAUAAAUCGAGUCCAAAGAUGUUAUAUAUAUAUAUAUCGCGUAAUCGUCGCAAGGAGUACGAAUAACGGCGUGUCCUGUAUUAUAUUACUUUUUAGGCUAAUCCCCGAACGCCCAGAAUAGCUUAAGUAUACAUUUUUUUUCUUCUUUUUUUUUUUUUUUUGGUGUACAUAGCGUGUAGCGUUUAACGUAGUAGUCUGUAAUUCAGCAAGGAUGACGUAUAUGUGUGCAUGUGUGUGUAUGUUUAUUGUACGUACGCGCGCGUUCGAACGAAAGAACGAGGGAAUUCCAGUGUGCGAAAAAAAAAAAAAACAAAAAACGAAUCAAACCUGGUUACACAUGCAAAUCUGUCCGUUUGUUGUUUCUUCAUCUUCUUUUAAUAUUCUUCUUCGAUGCUCUCAGACAUUUUAAAAAUUUCGAUGAUAUCGUAUCUAAAGCUACGUGUUUUUUCUUUCUGUUUUUAUACUUUCUUUUUUUUUUUUUUUUUUUAACGGAAUAAUCUGACAGGCUUCUCGAGUAAUUGUUCUUUUCUUUUACAUUUUCGUUUGUUGUACAACGUGUGAGUGUGUUACUCGCGUGUCGCAAAAGCAGAGAUUUAUCGUAUCGAUGGCGUUUCUAGGGGCGACACUCCUGAUUUUUACGGUUUCAGUGUGUGCGUGUGUGUGUGUACGGAGUUUUACCGUUGACGCGAUCACAAGUACAAAGUAUUUUUUGAGGGACUAAACGAGAAAAAUUGCGAGUCUUUUGCGUAGAGGGCGUUUGUCGCACGAACAUGUGUAUGUGUAUCGUUCCUGGGCUUUUGAAGUACAUUUAAAAAGAAAAAAAAAAAAGAAAAAAAAACGUUUAUCCGCGAUGUGUACGAGUGUAUGCUUGUAACGCUCGUUUACGUUGUUCCAGCGUUUAAUAUUAACUGCACGUUCAAUAGGAACGAGAGGACGAAAGAAAAUUCAAUCGAGAAUAAAAAUUAGAGUUUUAAAGAAAAAAUCAUACUUGACAAAUUUUGAGUGACAGGGAGAGUGGAAGCAAGAGAGAUCGAGUGUGAGUUUGAACGGAUGAACAAACGAGUGAAUGAAAGAUAGAGAGAGAGGAAACAAAUACAACAAGAAGGUAUUAAGCGUUUCAGGAAGGAAAUUUGAGAGAGGAUAUACAUAAUAAUAAUAAUCGAUAUGCAUCGCGGUAUGCUCAACUUAUUUUUACCGAAAUAAUUAAUGAUCAAUCGAAAACGAAUUUUAGAUCUGCUGUAACUUAUAUUUCUCGCCCUUCUCGAAUUCGAUCUAUCGUUAUCGAAGAAGUAAUAUUAACGGAGCACCGAAACGCAUUUCGUCGAUAACUAAUAUUUUCCGAAAUUUUAUCAGUAUCACGGUACUUUUAGUUUUAUAUAUAUAUAUAUAUUAUAUAUAUAUAAAAAAAAACAAAUAUAUAUUAUAAAUACAUAAAUAUAUCUAUAUAUGUAUAAUCCGCGCCGUGCGAGAAAAGAGCAUAUUAUAAAACGAAAAAAGAACGAAGCAGCGGGAUUUCGAAGCCUCUGUCUCAGGCGGGAAAAGAGAUAAACAAGCGAAAGGGAAGACCGCCAGAAGUCAUGUAAUAUCAUCGCGAGACCGCGUAUCUCGAUCGUCGACACCAAUAGCCGAAACUAAUAACUACUAUACCGAUAAUAUUCGCCAAGCGUGCUAAAUACCACUGUCAUGUUUUGUGUAAACAGAGAAUUGUACGGUGUAAAAAAUUCACAGUUGACGACGACGAUAGCGAGCGUACGAAAACGCGUUAUAUUUAGGGCAAAGAGAGAGAGAGAGAGAGAGAGGACCUAACUUCGAAGGCGAUUUCCUUUCGCGACGAACGAUUUCUGCCAAAAUGCGCGUGAAAAGCGAGAGAGCAGCAGUCUCGAGGAUUAACACGGUGCUUCCUUCUUUUCCUUUAUCUCUCUUUUAUCAAGACCCUGAAACGCUCGAGAUUCUUGGAAAAAGAAUUUCCGCAGACUAAACUCCAACUCUUUGAGGCUUUCGAGCGUGACGUGUAUCAUUAUGUAUGGACAUUCCACGAGUUGUUGCGUCCCCAUCGUGAAUCGUGCCCCGAGACGAACGAAAUACUUCCUAAAUGCGACUAGAAACUACUCUGAAACACACGUGUUAACGUUUCUGGGGAAACACGAAAGAAACAAAAUGGCUGAACACCGUGCUGAUCCUCGCCACACACGUUCGAUCCGCGCGGACGAAUCGAGCCGAGCCGUGAGACGUAACGAUCGACAAAUUCACGUUUCGUGGAGGCGCUCGGUUUCACGCGGAUCCUGCGGUUACGGCGACAUUUACUGCAUAUUCAUAUUAAUAUCUCUUUGUACAUAUCCCUUAAUGACUUUUAAAUAUUAUUAAUUAAUCUCGAACGUUCUCUCGAAACAGGCGUUCAAUAAUGGCGAGCGUUGUGUCCAACAGCAUUUCGAAAAUAUAUAUAUAUAUAUCGAUCUCGAAUAAGAAUGAGAUUCGAUCGUAUCUCGAGCGUAGAAGGAAAGAAAAUGAACGAAACUGGCAGGGAAAAAAACGAUGCUAUUUCCAUUUCCCCAUUCUCAUUCUCACGUACGUACCGAGAGAGCUCUCCUCUCCUUGCAAAUCGAUCGAUCGUUUCUUGCGUUUCUUUUUCCCCGUUUCCCCCGAAACGAUCUUCCUUUCUUUCCCCUUUGUUCGUUUUUCUUUUCAUUUUUCGCAAACUUCGGCGGUUCGAGGGUUCAUUCCAGUAAGCAUUUACUUUGUCGCCGAUCGCGUUUUCGUUUUCCUCUUCGAGAAUUCACGGCGUCACGCAACGGGAGACAAAUUUCAACAGAUCGACGAGUCAGAUUGAAAGAUUACCUCCAAUAACGAACGUAAUUUGAUCUUUUAAAAAAAAAAAAAAAAGAUUCUUUAACAGAAAUUUCAAAGUGAAGCGAAUGUUGAACUUGGUUUGAGGGAGCAGAAUCAGCAAAAAAACAUUCUGAGAAACGUACGAAAUUCAUUCGAGAGUAAUACGGCGAGAGAGACAAUAUGGCGGUCAUUAAGUCUUGGACCAAGUCUUGAAUUGCCGAAGCUCGAGCCCUCUUCCUUCUUCCUUUAAUUUUAAAACGAAAAAGGUCCACCUUGUCGUAGAAUUUGUGUAAACGCGAGCGUGUGCGAGUAUGUUGUACUGAGACAGAGAGAGAGAGAGAGAGAAAACGUGUAGAAAAAGCCUUUGAACUUUCUUCUUCCGCGAGCUCUGUCGCCCUCCCCCUUCCCUCCCCUUCGCUCCACCCUUCGAUGACUUCUUUUACUUUUUAUUUAAUGCCCCUUGCGUUCUCUUCUGUUGAUUUUAAUUAUUUAUAUUAACUCGAGAGUGCGACUGUUCGUCGCGGUCGGCAGAGACACGAGCAACAAGGAAACAAACGUAGAAACAUGGAAAAAGAAACAGAAAACCUUUUGUAUUUAAUUUGUUUAAUAAAAAAAAAAAAAAAAAAAAAUCAUGGAUCAUAGUACAACAUUCCCGUGUGGAUUUUUGGUUCCGCGGACGGAAAUCAAACUCCUCUCACCCUCGUUUCUUUCUUUUCUUCGUUUCGUUUUCAUUUGGAAAAUGUCCAAACGUCUCAUUCACCUUUGAUCCUCCACCUUCGUCCUCUCUGACCCGUUGUUCAUUUCCUCGCGACGAACACGACACGAGGACAAAACGAAAGUUAACCCUCGGAAGCGGUUAUUUCGAGGGAAGUCACGAGUGAAGUUUCACGAAGCCAGUGUAACAAUAUUUUUGUUCUAUUCUCGGUAAUCGAACAAACGCAGCGAUAAGAAGGCAGCUCCGAUACUUUUCAAUUACUGGAAAGUUGUGAGAAAUCUACUUACGAAUUUUAUAGGAAAACGUUCCGAAAUGAUUCUUCUGAAUCAUUUUCAGUAUUUAAAUUACCGAUAUAUAAAAAUUUGCGAGAAAUCUGCCUCUGAAUUUGUAGGAAAAAAAAAGUUCUAAAAUGAUUCUGGUUUACUUAAAUCUCACAGAAAAAUAGCAUUGUCUACUUGCUGCUUUUACUUCCAUUAUAUUCGACGCAGGACGAAGGUUCUUUUUCCACACACAUAAUAAAAUAAAAAUAUUCUCGGGUUGAAAUUUUACUCAUGACAAACCCUCACCGAGGGUUGAAGACGAGACGAAACACCUACAAAAGAAACGAACAAAAAGAAAAAAAAGUAAAUAAACCAACAAAUUAAGAAAAGAGAGAGAGAAAAAGAGCGAAGAGGAAGAAAAAAUAGUCGACACGAGCGACAGAAAGAGAAGCUCGAGAACAAAGAACAAAGUAGCAAGAUCGUAGCAAGGUGGACGCGUGAAACGCGCCCCGAUCCUUCCCGCGAUUUUUCACUUUGUUUCCCUCUUUCGACCGAUCUCUGCGUACGGUAUACGGUUUAUAUCGGCGAGAGAAAAUGAACCGUGCGAAAUCGAGCGCGGAAGCAUCGAACUUUUUCCACUGAACGCCACUGACAAUGAGAGUUUCGCCUUAGAGAUGCGCAAACCUCGGGCGAGAACGCAACAAAGGGGCGAGGGGGUGCGGAAUUAAAUUUGCACGAUCGAGACACACGCGCCACCAGCGGGGCGACGACCACUGUAAUCGGUUUUUUUCGAUUCUUUGCUCUAAGGCUGAAAAGCGUUCCAACUCUUUAUUUGGCGACCGAUCGAAACGAUCGAGGGCAAAUUGCUCGUUCAUCGGUCGAAUCGAUGAUGCUUUUCUCCUCGCACUCUCUUCAACUGUUGUUCAACUGUUCCUGUCAUAGAUAAAGGGCAAAAUGAUUUAUUUACGAAGGGUUCUUUUUUUCUUUUUUUCUUUUUUUUUUUUUACCGUGUCGAUAUUUAUUGUCAAACGUGUUUCAAAUUAAUUUAUGGAAUUUCAUUUUAGCGCUGUGAGAGCUAAGCUUCGAGCAAAAGCUGUUGACGAAGGAAAAGGAAACGAGGUAAAUGGAUAUGCAAACGUAAAAGUUACGAUAAGAUUUCUCGAUCGUUGAGGAAUUUGAAAACUCGUGGCUCUUCAAGUUUUCGGUCGAGGUGUAUUUCUAAAAUUCGA